AUGAGUCUUGCCCCGGGGAUGCGUGAUUCCAACCAUUGUGUAGCUGUCUAUCUGAAUGCCGCUUCUGUUUCCUUCUCCACUGAGAACUUAAUAAUUAUUGUUUUACAUAUCAUCUGUGUGCCACAUGCGGAAGCCCUUGACUGUGGCUCCAGCGAGUCUACCGAUGCUCUUUAUCCCCUGUGUAAUGGUUUGCUUCGCAACCUCAGUGGUUGUUACCUUUCGGUCGCUUCGCCGUCGACCCGACUGACUUCAAUCGACAAUUGGAAGCUCAGCUCCUUGCUUGGGCAUUCAGCUUUCGUUCCUGAUUCUAUUGUACUUCGACCAGACGGAAUGUCAUUGGCUGAACUUCACUGGGAGGAUAAAAGCACCUCGACUGCAAAUUUGAUGCCUAGUCACGCUCUUGAGCCUACUGAGGAGCAGCUUCGUAGGCAAUAUCUUCGCUCUAGUAGGUUAUCUCUUAGCGGGUUCAAGAGCCAUAACUUUACGACAGACGUGUAG